CAUGCACUACACCAAACAACACAUCAACCCUAAUAAUCACAUACACAUACAUAUCUUAGCUUAAACCUAAAAUUGUACUUCAUCAUCAAUUUAUUUCACUUGAUCACUUCCAAGCCAUGGAAUCUUCUCUUAUUAACUCUCUACCAUUUUGGUAUCUCCUUCUCUUACUUGUUGGAUUCAUCACACCAUUUCUCAAAUUCCUCAAACACCAAAUAACUUCAAAAUGCAAACAAACUACAUCACUCCCUCCGGGACCAAAACCAUGGCCUAUAAUUGGUAACCUACCUGAAAUGCUAGCAAACAAACCAACAUUUAGAUGGAUACAUAGGAUCAUGAGAGACCUAAACACCGAAAUCGCAUGCAUUCGACUAGGUAACAUUCAUGUUAUUCCGAUUACUAGCCCUGAAAUUGCUCGCGAAUUAUUGACAAAACAAGAUUCAAUUUUCGCGUCGAGGCCUACGAAUUGGUCUAGUGAACAUGUCUCGUUUGGGUACUUGAGUACAAUAGUAGUGCCCUAUGGAGAACAAUGGAAGAAAAUGAAGAGAGUCAUGGCCAAUGAAUUGGUCUCUCCAAGAAGACUUCAAUGGCUACAAGACAAGAGGGUGGAGGAAGCCGACAAUAUCGUUCGCUAUGUUUACAAUCAAUGUAAUAAGAAUGGCGGCGGCCUUGUUGAUGUGAGGAUUGUUGCACGACAUUAUUCAGGGAACAUCAUUAGAAGGUUGGUUUUCAAUGCGAGGCACUUUGGUAAAGGAAGGGAAGAUGGAGGACCCGGAUUUGAGGAGGUGGAACAUAUUGAUGCAAUUUUCACUGUUUUGAGAUACCUCUUUGCAUUCUCUAUCUCUGAUUACGUUGCAUGCUUGAGAGGGCUUGACUUGGAUGGUCAUAAGAAGAACUUGAAGAAGGCCACUAAGUUGAUAAUGAAGUAUCAUGAUCCCUUAAUUGAAGAUAGGGUUCAGCAAUGGAAGAAUGGUAAAAGGACAUGUGAAGAGGACUUGCUUGAUGUUCUAAUCUCAUUGAAAGAUGCAAAUGACAAUCCACUUUUGACUCUUGAUGAAAUUAAGUCUCAAAUUAUGGAUAUGAUGAUUGCAACCGUGGACAAUCCAUCAAAUGCAUUUGAAUGGGGACUCGCCGAGAUGCUAAAUCAGCCGGAGAUGCUUGAAAAGGCGACGGAGGAAUUAGAUAGCGUGGUUGGCAAGGAAAGACAAGUACAAGAAUCAGACAUUCCAAAACUCAAUUAUGUGAAAGCAUGUGCAAGAGAAGCAUUUCGCCUCCACCCUAUUGAUGACAUCAACGUCACCCAUGUUUCCAUGGAAGACACAUUUGUUGCCAACAACACCUAUUUCAUUCCAAAGGGUAGCCACAUCGUUCUAAGACGGCAAGGGAUCGGACAAAAUCCAAGAAUAUGGGAAGAUCCGUUGAAGUUUAAACCCGAACGCCAUUUAGAAAAAGAUAACAAUAAUAUUGAUGGGUUUAAGAAUAUGAGUUUAAAUGAACCGAGUUUGAAGUUGAUUACGUUUAGCACUGGAAGACGUGCAUGUCCCGGGAUCAAUCUUGGUUCUACCAUGACGGUUAUGUUAUUUGCUAGGAUGUUGCAUGGUUUCAAUUGGAGUGUGCCACCCAAUGAGACAACCAUUGACCUCUCCGAAAUAAAAGGAGGUACCAUAAAAGCAAAGCCACUCGUGGCACUUGCAACGCUGCGGUUGCCAGCCGAGGCUUAUGGAAUUUUUUAAGAUAUUAUUUAAUUUGAAUAUUUAAUUGUUAAUUAGUAGAAAUUUAGGUGCAGUUAAUUUUAUAUGAAGUUGA